GUCUUCUCUCUAUAGUUUGCUCUAACAGAACAUCUACGUUUAAGUGGGUGACAAUAUUACUCCCGGUAUUAAUACUGCCUUUGUUGCUAAUAUAUAUAAAAUACACAAUGAAACAUAAAAAAAACAUGAAUUUAUUUAACAGAUUGUUACAAAUUAAUACACUUCUAAAGCGGAGAAUGUUUAAUUCUUAUCAAUAUACUUUAAAAAGUAAAGAACAAAACUAGUUUUAACACACUGUACACAACAACUAUUAAAAAAAAUAUACGGUGGUUUGGUAAUUCCAGAUUUCUGAAAGCCAGAUAAGUGCUCCGACACUAAUACAUAUUUCUGUGUAAUGUGCAAGGGAGAUAAAUUAACUUAUAAUUAACUCCCUUGAGCAAAAAAUAUCAUUGGAUUACAUUUUUUUAAAUAACUAGUUUUCUUAUUGUUGAAUCUCAAAACACACCAGGAAGUUAUAGCAUCGAUAUAUAUUAUCUAUUUUACUCUAUGGGACUAAUACCUAUAUAUUUUUUUCCAUACAGUGCAUUAAAUAUUUAUUUUCCUCUUUUCAUGUUUUCGCCAUGAGUUGUCUACCUUGAAGUCCUGAACAUGUUUUGAAAAUGAAUGGAGCUUUAAAUAAUUCUGGAUACCUACACCCUUAGAAUUUUUAGUUGUUUUUUAUUAAUUUACUUAGUGCGUAAAGAUGAAUAAAAGGGGAGGAGAAUUAACAACAAAAACAACAAUGGCAAGAAAAGGUGUUAAAAAAAAGAAGAUCCUACCCUCCAACCCAAAUGGACUGAUUGUCAAGUGGCUAAAAGAAUGGCAAAUGGAAGCUAGUGAAAAAGGCAGCAAAGUUCAAUAUACCUACAGCAAGGCCAUAAAUUCAUUAAAGAAAUAUCCUCUCCCUCUAAGAAGUGGUAAUGAAUGUCGCAUUUUAGAGAACUUUGGGAAGAAGAUUUGUGAGAUGAUUGAUGAGAAGAUUGCUCAACACUCGGCUGAGACAGGAAUGGAAAUAUCCGAAAUGUUUGAUGCUGAAAGUAAGACGUCUAGAUCGGAAAAUGUAACUAAAACGACCCAGAAUCCCAGUCCUAAUAAGAAACUAUGUUCCAGGCUGGCAGUUCACACUAUUAGCAGCUCAGAUGAAAAUGACACCGAAGAAGAUGAAGGAGGAGAAGAAGGAGGGGGAGGGAGCAGAGGAAAAGAUGCUCCUCCAUCUGUUGUCCACCAAACUGAUAAUUUAACACCCACAAAAUCUCCCAGUGGCUCUAAAACAAAGGCAUAUGUUCCCAAACAUCGUUCUGGUGCUUAUGCGGUCUUAGUAACUCUGUUCAGAAGUCAGAAGGAACACAUGACCAAAGAAGAACUGAUUCGUGAAGCCCAGCCACUAAGUGAGACAUCAUUUAAGUCAGUGGGAGAUUCUUACUACUCUGCUUGGUCCUCAGUCAGAACUCUAAUAAAGAAAGAACUUGUUGUAAAACAAAGCAGUCCUGCAAAAUAUUCUUUGACAGAUUCUGGGCAAUCAUUGGCCUCAAAACUUUCUCAGUCAGCACAAGACCCCGAAAGCAUUGUGCCUUUUCCAUCAGGUGAUGAACCUAGCAGUACCACAUCAAUUCCACCGGCAGCAUGUGAAACAUUCACAGUUCUUAACUCUGUUUCAAAUGCCAGAAAAUUCUCACCAAUCAAAGAAAAUUCUUCUAAUCUGGAUAAAUUUCUUCGACAAAACUCCAAUGUGGGAGAAGUUGUUCAUGUAGAUGAUGUAGUCUGCAUUGAUGAUGAUGAUGAUGAUGAUGUCUGCCAAACUGACCGUUGUGAAGAGGAUGGCCCAAAUUUAGUUGUUACGAAAGCCACUAUCAACCCAGAAUUAGUACUACAACCCUACACGUUUGAUAUUAUUCUUCUUGUUGAUAACCGUGAGUUUUAUGGUGGGUCUAAUGCAAACAAACCUAUUAUGACAGAAUUAAUCAAGAAUGGUGUAAACUGUAUGCUGAGGAAACUAAAUGUUGGAGAUUUUCUUUGGGUAGCAAGAUCCAAACACUCACAGAAUGAAAAACCAGUUGAACUUGUAUUAAAUUAUAUUGUGGAAAGAAAACGAAUGGAUGAUUUAUCUGGAAGUAUUGUAGAUGGCCGGUUUCGAGAACAAAAAUUUCGUUUAAAGCAAUCUGGCUUAAGCCAUGCUAUCUAUCUCAUUGAAAAUCAUGGUUCAACAAAACACCUGAGUGUUUCUGAAGAUAAAUUAAUUCAAGCCAUGACAAACACACAGGUAAUCGAUGAAUUCAAAGUUAAAAGGACUGAAAAUGCUAAGGAGUCUGUUGCUUACCUGACACUGCUAACACGCUACCUUCAAGGUUAUUAUUUAAAGAAGACUUUAUAUGGUAGCAGUGAAGUUGUGAAAGCUAAACCAGGAGAGAAGAUAGACCAUAGCUUAGAGAGUGCUUCAGAAAUUCUUUGUAAUUUUGAAGACUUCAAUAACUCUGCUGCAAAGAGCCAGGUGUUAACAGUGCGUGAGAUGUUUGGGAAACAGCUGCUUCACUUCCCCAACAUGUCUGGAGCAAAAGCAUUUGCUGUCACUGAGAAAUGGCCAACACCUGCCAGUUUAUUUGAAGCUUAUAAAGCUUGUCCAGAUAAAGUCAGUCAAGAGCAGAUGCUGAAUAACAUUAAGGCUGGAAAAACUAACAGAAACUUUGGUCCUGUUCUGAGCAGAAAAAUUCAACAAUUUUACUGUCCAGAUGAUUGAUAAUAUUUGAAUAUGUUGAUGAUGACGAUGAUAACCUUUACAUCUGUGAAUUAUAUUGUACAGGUGAUUUAUAUAUACUGUACCUGCACAACUAUACCUGAACAGGUGAUUGAUAAUAUCAGAAUAUAUUGAUGAAAAUGGCAACUUCUACUUCUGUGGAAUAUAUUCAGCAAUUUGUACUGUACAAAAUGAGCGAUAUUAUUUGAAUGUACCAAGAAAAAAUGGAAUGUCAACAUAAUUUAACAACUGUGCUGUACAAGUAAUUGAUAAUUGAAUAUCAUGUUAAAAAUAAUAAUUUCUACACCUCUGGAUUAUAUCCAACAAUUAUACAGUAAGUAGUGAUACAGAUAAUUGAUUUAUUUGAAUAUAUUGAUGAACCUGGAAACAUUUACAUUUGUGAAUUAUAUUCAGCAAUUGUACUGUACAAACAAUUGAUAUUUCAAUAUAGUGGGGGAAACAGUUACAUGUACAACUGUGAAUUAUUUUCAAUGAUUGUACUGAACAGGUUAUUGAUAGUAUUUAAAUAUAUUGAUGAAUAUGGUAACUAUUACAAUUCUGGAUUGCAUUCAAUAAUUCUCUCGGAAUUUUAAGUGUUAUAAUUGGACAUCAUUCAAGUAUGGAAUAGAAAUUGAAACUUAUACAGUUGUUUUAUCAGAUUGUUGCCUGUGAAAAGUACCCAUCUGUACAAGAGAUUACAAUAGAAAUUUAAAUUUUAUCUACGUUUUUAGCAAGAAACCAAAAUAAAUAUUUUGUUGGUUUUUUU